CAGUCAUCAGCAGUUUAAGACCUGAUUACUUUUGUAUUUUGUAUUUGUAAUUCAGAGCUAAAUACUCUGAUACUGAUACACUGAUACUGUGGUAGUUUUGGUCUUCAGCCUUUGCUGCUACCUAGUGGCACUUUGCCUUCAUCGCUGGAAAAUCCCUAAAUAUUUCCCUCAUGACAGCAGUUACAGGAAACAACUUGCACAUAAUAUUACAACUAUGCUGGAGUUUUACACCACAGUUUCUGUUUAUGGAACAUAUUUUUGAUAGAAAAGGGAUAUUAGACCUGUUGACUUAAUAAAAAUUAUAAUGUAUUUGUGCCUGACUAUCUGCUUUCUGUGUUUCCAGGGUCUGAGAGAGGCUGCACAGCGUCCCAUGGCUCUGCAGGAGCUGGGCAUCAGCCUGUCCAUGAUAGGAGUUGCUGGGACCAUCCUGAUCUGUGCCCUGCCCAUGUGGAAGGUGACGGCAUUCAUCGGCACACAUCUGGUGGUCAUGCAGGUGUUCUGGGAAGGUCUGUGGAUGACUUGUGUCAGUGAAUACACAGGUCAGCUGCAGUGUAAGCUCUAUGAUGCCCUGUUGGACCUGUCGCCAGACCUCCAGGCAGCCCGUGGCCUCAUCUGCAUCAGCCUGGUGCUAGGAUGUCUAGGAUUCCUCAUCUUCCUCCUGGGAGCACGCUGCACCAACUGCCUGAUCCACCCGCGGAUCAAGGCUCGUGUGGUGCUGAGCUCUGGGAUCAUCUUCUGCCUGGCGGCCCUCACCGCCAUAGUUGCUGUUUCCUGGACUGCCAACUCCAUUAUCAGUGACUUCCACAACCCACGUGUCCCUGAGGUGCUGAAGAGAGAGCUUGGGGCAGCUAUUUAUAUAGGCUUUGUGACCUCUGGGCUGCUGUUCUGUGGGGGAGCUAUUCUGUGCACAAGCUGCCCACCACAGAGGGCCAGGUUCCCCUCCAGUGGAUACACACUGGCCAGGACACACACACACAGCAGCUACGCCAUCAAGAACUAUGCAGUCGGGCCUGCAAGUGAGGAGAGGAGCAGGCAGGCCGGAGUCAUGUACAGGCAGCUGGAGCUCGCUGCCCUGGGUCUGGCCUUCGCAGGGUGGCUUUGUGCCAUUCUGACACGCUGCCUGGCCCUGUGGAAAGUGAGCGGCACUGUGGACAACACCACGGCUACUCUCCCUGCCUACUGGGAUGGGGUGUGGCUGGAAUGGGAUCACUGGGACUUGGCCCACGAUGGCAGCCUACACUGCUCCUUUUACCAGUCUCUCAUGUCUCUUUCUGGAAGUUUUCGAACGUGGCGAGCCCUCAUCAUGGCAGCCAUCGGAGCCGGGGCUUUUGCUUCGGCGAUCGGAGCGGCGGGGGCUGUGUGGUUCCCUAGGCGCGGCCAGAUCAAAGUGUUUACUGGUACUCUCUUUGUUUGGUCUGGGAUCCUGCUGCUUGUUCCCACAGCCUGGACAUGCCAUCACACCAGUCAGCCACUGGAGGGAGCUGUGCUGCUGAGACGAGACUGGGGACCGGCGCUGUAUCUCGGAUGGAUCUCCUUUGCCUUGAUGCUGACUGGAGGGGUGUUUCUCACCACCAGAUGCCCCGCUUUUGACAGGCAGGCACAGCAGAAUGAGGAGAACAUGUACCCAAAUGCAGAAGAGGACGCUAAUCACCCGCUGAGCAGGAUCAACAGGACUACGUUCACACACAGCCAGUAUGAGCGCAGAGCAGAACCUAUGUGAGGGGACUGUGAUGUAAUAUUUAACUGAGUGUGAGUGAUUAACUGGAAAAUCAAUAAUAUGUGAAAUAACUGUGGAUUUAAUGGUAAAGUAGUUAAUGUUGAGUAAUGAUGCACUGGUUUAACUAAACAUGAACUCAUCAUUAGAAAGCAGAAGCACAGUGAUGUGUCAUAUAACUGGUUUUAUUGGACUAGCAGCAUUUGCAUCUUGUUUUGCUGUGUUUCUUCCAUUUCUAUUGAAGCUAACACACUGUAUAUAUGGUAUAGGAUUAUUUAACCCUUCGGUCCUCAUUUCCCUGAUUAACAAGCACUGUAAAUAUCUGUUUGCUUUACUUAAUGCAAACAUGAAAACUGAACUGUUUACCAUAACACUAUCCACUAUCUUCUGACACUUUUGAUAAAUCGUGCUGCCUUAAAUGUGAAUGAGUGAAUAUUUAAAGUAAAACUAAAUAUUGUUCCUGUGUUGCACAUAUAUUGCCUUGCAAUAGAUUAGAUUACAUUAUGCUAUUUCAUAUUUGUUUGGUUUGUUGAGAGUGGCAAAAAAAAGUUUACAUCUGUGAUGAAUUCUGCUCAAAGGACACUGUGGAAUAAAUGAUUCAGAAAUAUUUGUUUAUAGUUAUUUGACCUUAUUUUUGCAUUACGGUGGUUUUCACUCCUUAUGCCAAAGAGCACUUGAGAUGUACACAGUCAUUUUGAGACAUAUAUGACCCUAUUGUUCUGUUUUCCUACUACAAAAACUCCACCAUCAUUUUUUGAUGUAUCACAGCCUACGGCUCACGUAAUGCUAAACUUUUUCUCUGUUUCAACGACAAAAAAAACUAUGUGAAACUCUUCUGCAUUUUCAAGUUUCAAUUGUAAAAGGGCAAUAUGCUGGUUCUGUAACGUUUUAUAACCUUUUAUGCACGAUGUGAAUAUGAAUUGUGGUACAAUAUCUAUAUAAUUUGAUGUGUUCUGUGCAGCUCUUUUCAUAAAUAGUGGUAUAAUCGAGC